AUGGUUGCACAAUCACUCAUUCUGCUGCUCCCGGCGCUUGCGCUGGCGGCGAUUCCCGUUCAGGAUCCCUCGGAUGUGAUCAAACCUAUGUGGUGGACGAAGGACAAUGCCCUUCUCGCCGAUUACAACAUUGCGAUGAUCAGCACGCAGCCAUCAGACAUCGAGGCUACCCACAAGUACGACGAUACCAGCGCUUCGGUGGACCAUGUGGCCUGGUCUGCUACUGCCAACGAUACCAGCGUGAUGCUCGUUGCCAACGGCGCCGAAUUCAACGGUUCCUCCAUCGACAUCAAGAAGAGUGGCUAUUCGACGAAUCUGAACACGGCUAGUUUCUGGGGGUUCAAUGCGGCGAUCAACGUGGCCAAUGCCUCCACUGCCUACUUUGAUAACGUCAAUGUCACUGUGCAUAACGGCGCGGCCCAAAUUUACUCGUACGGAACCGACACGGUCGUUCACGUCAACAACACUUGGCUGUACUCCUCUGGCCCUGUCAGCCAUGGCUUGUAUGCGUCCGGAAAUGGCACAAUCGUUGGCCGCAACAUUCAGGUCUACUCUGGUGGCUACCGCUCGUCUAGCUUCUCCGGCGACUCUCCUGGCGGUAACAUCUACAUUUACGACAGUGUGGCCCACUCAGCGGGCGUGGGCUCUGCCACUUACUACGCCCUGGGUAUGAUUGAUGCCCACAAUGUGGUCAGCGUCUCCGAGAAGGGCCCCGUCGUCUUCUCCGACGGCGCUCAGACGACCAGCUUGACCAAUUGUGACGCCACCGCAGGACUGCUGGGCGGAGUGGUCAUUUUCAGCAGCUCCGUCCGCUCCAGUGGUGCGGAGCUGAACCUGGUCAACACGAAGUUUACUACGAUCGGCAAGACCAUGCCCGGUCUGUGGUUCGGCAACAUCAUUGCCACGGCGACUCUGAAUCAGGUGGAGCUCAACACGGCCUCCGGUAUCCUGGUCGUCGCCAACUACUCCCAGGUCACCCAGGACUUCGAUUACUACGCCGACUAUGAGGACAACAGCAGUCUGUCACCCGCGGAGGUGACUCUUAUAGUCACCGAGUCCGAUCUGGUCGGUGAUCUGGUCGCUUAUAACAAGAGCGUCAUCAGCUGGAUCCUUUCUGACUACAGCACCUGGACCGGUGCUGCGUACUCUGGCUACGGCGAGGCCUACUUCGACGUCGCCCUCGAUGCGACCAGCGACUGGACCCUGACCAGGGAUACCACUCUGCAGAACUUCACCGACACGCUAACCACCCUAUCCAACAUCCACAGCAAUGGCCACAACAUUCACUACAACUCGACCCUGAACAGCUGGCUGGGUGGCAAAACCGUUCCUUUGUCUGGCGGUGGUGUGGCGAAGCCAAUCACCUCCACCAGCCGUGUCCGCCGCGGAGUGACAGUUGGCCGUCGGUGA